AUGAAUCAAAUAAUAAAUGAUAAUACAAAGCAUGAGAAAUUAUAAAAUUAAAGUAAAUAUAACAUAUCAAUCCAAAAAAUAACUUUGAAUGGUGAUGAAACUGGUAAAACAACUCUGUUUAGUUAUAAUAAUUAAAAAACUGCUAAUACAAUUAGUAUAUCGUCUUAUAACUAGGGCUCUAAGAGUAGCCUCGAAGGUAAGAGCUCUAUAGCGAAUUAAUCAAUAACACCUAAAGACUAUUCAAAUGAUAAUAUAAAAUGCAUUAGCAACUAAGCUACAUUUUCUUAAGCUAUUGCUAACUAAUCUAAGUAAGGCUCCUGUUUUGAAAUUUAGCAGAUGUAAAAAAAGUCUAAUUCUUACAUAGAUGAGUUAGAUUAAUUAGAAAGCGAUUCUGUGUAGGAGAGAGACUAUAAUAAUAGCUAAACUGAUGAUUUAGAAAGUAGCUAAGAUAGUUUCAUUCAUAAUGUUUGGUAGAAUGCUGAUGAUGACUUAAUUUUACGUGGAGUAGACGUUGAAAGUUGGAGAGAUAAACAAGGAAAUCCUUUUAAUAUUUUUAAUUUAUAUAAAGCAAGAAGUGGUUAGUUUAAAACUAAUAGAUAAAAUUUAUCAAACCAGCUUGUAUGCAAGAGCAUUUAAAGGCUCUAUAAUUCUUACAGCAAAGAGAGGUGCUUGUAAGAAUAGUUUUAGGGUAUCAAUAAAUCAGACAAAUUAAAUAGCUCAUCUAACUCUCCUAGUAAACGAAAAAAUGUAAUUACUUUCUCAGAAUUCCUCUAAAUAAACCCUUUUAAGGAUAUGAAUGAUUACACAUAAAGCGGAUACAAUAACAUAGUAUUUGAUAGGUUUAAAGAAUAUUACUAAAAGUAUAGAGCAACUCAAAUGAAGAAAUACAAUUAUUCUCCAGAAAGGUUAGAAAAGUAGAAAUCUGUUUCAUAAAAUAUGAUUUCUGCAAAUGAUUUAGAAGCUAAUAAAACCAUAUUUGGUGGCAAAUUUGUUAGGUCUAAGACUAAAAAGCGUACUGUUGAUGUAUUUAAUUCUCCAGAGUCAAAACCUACACAAGUUUUUCCUUAAAAUUAAAAUAAAUUUUAAUUGAAUAAUACAUAAAAAACAAAAUUCCAUAGCUCAAAUGAUUUAGAUUUGAAGUGCGAAUUUGAUAAUGAAAAAGAUAAGAAAUAAAUCAAUACUACAACAAUAAAAAAUCAAAGCUAAUUAAUUUAGAAAUAGUCAAUCUAAUAUUCGUAAAAUAAUAUUCUACCUAUUUAAUAGUUAGCUGCAUAACAAAAUCAAAAUUUGAUUAACAAAAUUUUUAAAGAGUAUUCAGAAUAGCAAGUUUCUAACGAAGACAAGUUGAGUAACACUCAGCAAAAAUUUCCAGAGAUAUAAAAUUAAACACAUGUUGAUUAUUUAGAUGGAUUACCUUUGAACACUUUAAAACAUAAAAUUGAAACUAUGCAAAAAUUAGUUGAUUAGCAAAAAUAAAAAUUACUGCAGCAAAAAUAGUAAGAAUAUUAUAGAUAAAAUUAAAUUUAUGAGGAGAUACUUGCACCGUUAAAAGAAGAAAGAGGUAUUGAAUAAUUACAAGUUACUCAAAAAUAAAUAAGUAUUGCUUAACGCAAUUCCUUUAAUAAAUCUAAAUCUUAGGAAGAAUUGUAGUAAACACCACUAAUUAAUUUAGAGAUUGAUAGUAAUAACAAAUAUUAAAAAUCCAGAUAAUUUAAUUAAUCUAAAAGCUAUUUAAAUGAAAAUUUAUGCGUUUCUCCUUAGAGAAAAUCCUCAGGAAGGCUUUCUAAUAAGUCUCCAAUAAACUAUAAGGUCUAGAUUAAGCAAUUUACAUCUAAUACUAAGUAAUAGGCUGAAGCAACAAAGGUCUUUUAAAAAGAGGAAAUCAAUUAUAAUGAAUCUUAAAAAAGUCAAAAUUUUGAAAGUCCUUUGAAGAAAUAAGCUUAAGAAAAAGGAUUAUCACCUUUAUAUGAUAAAUUUAUAAAUUCUCAAUAGAUUAAUAAAACUUAAAAUUUGAAGUAGCAGUAAGAAAAAGAAUAACAAAUACACCAGGAAGGAAAUCAGUUUUUUAAACAGUAGUAAAGUAGCUAGCUUUUAGAUAGAAAGUAGAAUUUAAAAAACUAAUUAUUACAAACUUUUAAUACACAAAGAUCAUCGCAAGAAUUUAUAACUGAUAAAGCCUUUCAAAAUCAAAGAUAACCUACUAACUUAAUCUAAACAUAAUAAUUUUUGUUAAAGUAAAGCUUGAAGCCUUAAAUUAUAAAUUACAAUUUCUAAAAUUAAUAACUUUAACCUAAUUCUGGCAAAUAAAUAGAAGAUGUUAGUACAAAAAAUGUUUAAGAAGGUCUGUAAAAUGCUAGUAAUUUAAAUUAAUAAAACAACUAAUAGCAGGAUUUUAGUAAAUAUUAUAAUAGUUACAUUCAUAGAGAUAGCAAAUAAUAUCAAUAACUUAAUAGUAAUAAAGUUUUGAAUGUUAGCAUUGACACUACUCCUCCUGCUAACAUUUCAACUUAAGAUUAAUCUCCCCUUUUCUUCUUAAAUAAAAAUAAGUAAUAAAUGUCUUUAAAUAAAAAUUAAACUUAAAGGAUUAUUCAAAAGAUUUAUAAUAAUAAUAAUCUUAGCUAAAAUAUUUAAAAUUCUUUAACUUAAAUUACGUAAGAGCAACCUAAAGCUAAAUAAAAUGAAAAUUAAUUAUCACAAGGUAAUCUGCAAAACAAAGAAAGUAAAAUACAGACAAUAAACAAUUACUACAUCCCUCUAUAAACUGAUUAAAGCAGGCUCUAUAAAGAUAAUUCAAAUUUUAGUAUAUCUACUACAAAUAUAAGCAACACUAAUUAAACAUAAAGCAACAGAGAAAGAUAAAUAAACGAAUAAAAAUAGCUAAAAAAUAAUAUCUCUAAAAGCUACUUCAAAAAUACAAUUUAAAAAUUUAAUUUUAGUUAUGACUUUAACACUCCAAAAAUUAAAACAAAUGAUAUUUCAUAGCUAGAAAAUGCAAAUUAAAGCUUAAAUAGUGUUGAAUAAUUAUCUCCUUUAAAGAAAAGAAUGAUAAAAGAAGAUAUGCUCUUAAAUAAGCAGUCUUCUAAUUUAGUAGUUAAUUAGAUAGACAACAAUAAUAGUAACCAAAAAAUAAAUUAACGAAGUGAAUUGAGAAUAUUGGAGCCGAACAAUAAUUUAGCAGAAAUAAAAGAGUAAUAAAACGAUCCAUAAUAAUUUUUGUUAAAGUAAAUACCAAGCAUUAUAAGUAAAACAAAUAGAUAAUAAAGCUAAUUCUAAAUUGAAAAAAAAUAAUUAGCCUAAGAUUUCAAAAAUACUUAAAGUAACAAUAGUUUGUUAAUUAAAAGUGGAUUUCAAUCAACAAGUGCAAAUAACUUUUUGUAAGAAAAAAGAGAUCAUUUUUAAAAAACACUUCAAGCUAUAUAUAAUAACAAAACCUUUAAUAAAUGA